GUGAAUUUUUAGCGGAACAAAUUCAGAAUGGAUUGGAAAAUAAUUAUGGCACUGGUAAUAAAGAUGGACCAUCGUCAUCACCACCACCACCAGAAACAACAACAGCACCAGUAACAACAACAACAACAGUCGAAACAGCAAUAACAACAUCAGCAACUGAUGCCCUUUCUACUAGGGACCCGAGCGAUUUGACAACAAUAAGCGAUGAGCAUGUAAAAGAUUUGGGAGCGAUUGCCACUACUGGUGCUGUUACAGCUAGCACGACAGGUCCUGAAAUGCAAAAGUCGAAUACAACCUUGGAUUCAGUGAAACUGGAGCAAAAACUGAAAAAGUCAAAACGAAAGAGUGGAAAGAAGGGAAAAAAAAAACAUCGGAAAAAAGUGUGCCCACCGGGACCACCAGGGCCACCUGGAAUUCCUGGGCCAAAAGGGAAAGAUGGCUUCGAUGGUGUACCAGGAAGCAAGGGACACGACGUGAGAAGUUAUUUCGGAUGUUCACCGUGCCUAGCAGGUCCACCUGGGAAACCUGGAUACAAAGGUGCUCGAGGAGCGCGAGGUAAUCGUGGACCCAAAGGUCUCGAUGGUGUUCCAGGAUACGAUGGAGCAGAUGGCGAAGAAGGUCCAGUUGGUGAAGCUGGUCCGAAAGGAAUAAAAGGCAAUGAUGGAAUUAGUUUUGAGAAGGCCAAGCCUGGUCCGAAAGGUAAACCAGGCCCAGUUGGACUACCGGGUGAUGAAGGAAUGCCGGGUGAAAGAGGCGAUGUUGGCGAGCGAGGAAGCGAAGGUGACCAAGGGCCGCUUGGAAGGCAAGGAAAACCGGGUAUUGAUGGCGACAACGGUCCGCGAGGAUUUCAGGGUUCUGACGGUAAUUGCCGCUUUCCAUGUCUAUUUACAGAACCGUUUAAUUUUUUGAAAAGUUUACAGACUUUUAAUAUUUGA